AUGGUUGCCGCAGUGUCGAACGGAAUUGCCACAACUUCGGAUUGCGCGGAUGUGACGGUGGCCGACGAGCUGAAAGAUGUCGUCGCGCGAUCCGGCGACCCAGACCUAGUAUCUGCGUUGGCUCCCGAGCUACCAGACCAGGUUCCGGGCUAG